AUGUUGGCCAGCUUCCAUUCGGACGGCAAAAUUCCACAAGAUAAGCUCUUGUUGAACAGUUGGCAUAGAGAUGAACUGAUGUUAACUGCUCAGUUCUUCAGCAAUAACGCUGGAAUUUUGUCGGGACCAGUAGCUUUGACUUCAUCCAGUGCUUUGAGUACAACACAUACUUCCUCUUCUGUUAACGAGAUGUCUGCAAUGGUGGUAAGGUCAGUCGUGUCGUUGUCAGGAGCAACAGAAGAAAAAUGGUCGUCAGCAGUAUCGGAAUGUGCAAUACUACUGACGACCAUUAAUGUAUUGUCGUCAUAUUGACAUAUGUAUAUAGUUCAAUUAAGAUAUAAUUACAAUGUAUUGUCGUCAUGUAUAUAGUUCAAUUAAGAUAUUGGUGGGGUGAAACUUGUCUUUAAAAAGACAGCAGUUAUAUGUUAUGGUUGUAAGAUGUUUAAUGUUUCAGCAUAUGUAUAUAGUUCAGUGAUUUGUACAAAAUUUCACACAAUGCUGACGUCAUAUGAUUGUUUUGUCGCUAUCUCAAACGUGGGCGUCUAGUGUGGGUAGUGUUAUGCAAUAACCUCCCACGGUUUGUGUGUGAACUACCAGGAAAAGAUUGAAGACAUUUCGAGGCUCCUGAUGAAUGGCCUUUGCUUAAGACGACGAAGUGCUUCUGGUCGUUUUCGAGUAGUUCACACGCAAACCACGACAGAUUAUCGACUUUUGUUGUAUCGGGUCAGAAAAAUAACAGCAUGUCGCCUUAACGGUAUAUGGUUCGCUGAAAUAAAAAUAUUCCAUCACAUGAUAUUACAACACAGGCCAUAUUUAGAAGGUUGUAGAAAUAUUUUACGUCAGUUUACAAAGAUCGUCUCAAAGUUAAGAUGUCUUCUAUAAAAAGCUGACAUGUAUUACUUUAUUAUAGUAUUUUUGCACAAGUGAACAUAACAAAUCCUCCAACCUGAUUGGUUAAGCUGUUAUAUUCACCUACAGGUGAAUAUAACAAAACUGAAAUUUCAAAAUGACUGCUAACCGUUUUGUGGAAGUUUACUGACAAAGAAAUAAGCGAAAUUAAAAUAAAUUCAGUACCAAAUAACACAAAAGACUUGUGUAAAAAUACUAAAACAAUUAUUCGCCUCAGGCUCGGUGAUUAUCGGGGAAUAUUCACCUCGACUUCGUCUCGGCGAAUAUUCCCCGAUAAUCACCGAGCCUGAGGCGAAUAAUUGUUAAAUAUCUGUAUGAAACAGGUAAAUAAAAACAACAUUAUAUUGUGCAAGUAUUAUAUAGAAACAAGACCAGGUUUUGCUGGGGAAAGCCCCUAUGCAAUUUAAGGUACACCCCCCCUAUCAAUUGCGUGACGUAUGCAUGUGUAGUGUACAUAUGUAUCAGUGUAUUUAUGAAUUAUGACUGUACGACACACCCAGUUUUGCCCUUCAUUACAUUACUACAAAAUGUCUUUCAAACGAUUGCAUGAAUACGUUAUACAGAGAUGAAUGGACCUUUCCCCUAAGGGGAAGUGAUGUCACAAACGGAGACAUCGAAUUGGUCCAACCCGAUAGUAAAGCCAUUGUGCUUUAGGAUGAAGUGCAGAAGAUAGAUUGAUAGCGAGCAAACUUCGCAUUGCCAAAGAGGAAAGACCGUGGGUACGAGAUUGAUAUUAUCAGAUUUUAAAAUUUUAUUAAUCUAAUUAUCAGAACUAAAUUGGAAGCUGCGGAAGACGAGAUUGCGGAGUUGAAAAGAAAAUUGAGAAAAACGAACGAGGAUUAUAGACAAAAAAUAAAUGUAGAGAAGAAAGAUAAGUCCCACUCCACCACGUCGCCUCCCCGGCCAACACCAAAGCAACGGAAUAAAAAUGGGUAAGUGUAAUGUCAAUGAUUAAAUGGAUUCAUUCAUAACAAAGACAGAUAAUUCGUCCAGAUGAUCGGCAACUGCACUCGGGCAGCAUCUGGUUGCAUUUUUAUUUAUCCAUAUAUAGCUUUCACUUGCAUCGUCGUAGUAUAUCUACAAGAACUUGUGAUUAAUGCUUGGCAACUAGAUUCUGUAGCUGAGUACUCAGAGCGCUGACAGUCUGUACACAGGCUAGCCCUCUAGCAAGAAUCGAACCACUUGCGGCCCUGCGAUUCCAGUGAAGCACUCUAACCAACUUGGCUACAGAGGCAGGUUGGCGAGCUCUAACCACAAAUUCAUGUAUAUACUGUAUGGAUUGGCCGAUGAUACUUCUUUAGUACAAAUUGCGACCCAUCAUACUGAAAGAAGACUCUUGCGCCUGAUUAUAAAACACGUGAAAUGUUUCUCAUUGGUAUAAUUGUUCGAUAUAGUUCCCUGAAGAAAAGGAUUAGUUUUCAUGAAGAUAUCGUUAGAGAAGACAAGCAGGAAGAUUUAUUCAGUCGUAAAGAAGACGAUGCCGCCAGAGUUUUACAGAGGAACUGGAAAAAGUAUAAUUAUCAG